AUGCGAUUUCAUGCAGGAUUGCCUAAUAGUUUUUGGGCAGAGGCUGUUAAUCAUGCAAGUUAUUUGAUUAACAGAUCACCAUCUACAGUUCUCGGUUUUAAGAGUGCAGAAGAGGUAUGGUCUGAGAAGUCGGUGGACUAUUCCAACCUCAGGGUAUUCGGUUGUAGUCCUUACGCACAUAUUCCAAGUGAUGAAAGGUCCAAGCUCAAACCAAAGUUUACACAUUGCAUAUUCUUAGGUUUUGAGAAAGGAGUGAAGGGUUUCAAGCUUUGGGAUAUCAACAACAGAAAAAAGGUUGUUAGCCGAGAUGUUGUCUUUGAUGAGACAACCAUGCCUUUGAAUAAAGUCGAGAGCAGUAGGGAGAAGAAAGUCGAUACUUAA